GGGACCUUGACUUAUCUUCAAGACAUCAAUGCAUGUUCUUGGCGUUUUAGUUGAUGUUUGAAAGGAUCAAUGGAAUCACUGUGGUAGACAUGUUGAAUCGUUUAUACAUGUGUUUCGAUGGCCGUAUCGACAUCUACGAUGUAUAUAAAGUGGAGACGAUUGGAGAUGCCUACAUGGUGGUCAGUGGUUGCCCUCAUCUCAACGGGGAUAAACAUACCGGGGAGAUCGCAACGAUGGCCCUAGACCUUCGUAGUGCCAUCAAGCAGGUCCAGUUGCCCCAUGACCCGGAGAGAAAGCUAGAACUCCGAAUCGGUAUUCACACUGGGCCGUGUGUUGCGGGUGUCGUUGGUUCAAAGAUGCCUCGAUAUUGUCUUUUCGGUGACACCGUAAAUACAGCUUCAAGAAUGGAGUCAAACAGUCUACCAAAUAAGAUCCACGCCAGUGACGUCACAUACAUGGCCCUGUCCAAAGACAGUUCGUACGAGAUGGAAAAGCGAGGAGAAAUUAACAUCAAGGGAAAGGGUAUGAUGAAUACUUACUGGUUGGUCAGCCGUAAAGGAUACGGCGAGCAAAAUGAAAGCAUGGUGUGCCAUAUUGACUUCGCUAAGAUCAGGGCCCAAAAGAAGGCUGCACGGGAGGCCAAAAAGAAAGCAGAAGAAGAAAAAGCCAAGAAGAAAGCAGAAGAAGAGGAGGCGAGAAUUAAAGAAGAGGAAGCUGAGGCCAAAAAAGACGAGGACGAAGCAGGAUCUACACAAAAAGCAGAGCAAAAUGAGGCCAAGAAAGACGAGGACGAAGCAGGGUCCACACAAAAAGAAGAACUAGCUGAAGCUAAGAAAGAUGAAGAAGCAGAACUCACAAUUAAAGAAGUGGUGGCUGUGGCUAAGAAAGACGAAGCAGAGUCCAGAAACAAAGAAGAGGGAGCUGAGACUACGCUAGAUGAAGAAAAACACAAGUCAACCAUUAAAAUUCCACAAGACGAGUCCACAAACAACAAAGGAGAGACGACACUUGAAGGCGCUAGUAACAUUUCUCCCUGGACUGAGGCUACAAAAGAAGAAAAAAAAUCAGAGUCCAUAAAUAUAGAAAAGGCAGCUGAAGCUACGCUUGAUGAAGAAACACACAGGUCAGCCACUAAAAAUAUACCACAAGAGGAGCCUAAAAACAUUAAAGGAGAGUCGACACUUGAGGGCGCUAGCAUUUCUCCUGUACUUGUUUUCAAACCGGCAGCAACGGGCGCGAGUGACCACGUGGAGUCAAAGGCAGCUGAUAAAGAUAAUUCAAAUAAUAAGUGAAGAAGUAUUAGAUACAGAUAAUGGUGAAGUACAUGAUGAUUUCAAAUGAGUUGGAGACAGGUCAAGAGUAGUUUUUGAAUAUUAAGGAGGAUGGAUAAACACAAUAUUUUUAUCAAAAUUCAGAAACCUCUGAUUGUUAUUACGCACGCCCAACCCUUACCAGCAUACAACAUUUUCAUACAUUUGUGAUGAAUAAAUUGUGCAAGUUUCUCGCGCGUAUUGUAAAUGCGAAACAAAAGUCGAAUGAAGAUUUGUUUGUUUGUUUGUUUGAUCUUUUAAAAGUAUAUUUUACACAAUUUUCUGAAAAAUUUAAAAACCAGUCUGUUAAUAUAAAGAAUAAUGUUUAUGUGCGACAAAUAAAGUUUUUUUAACA